UGGAGUGUUUCAUCAUUAUUCUCACUUUUCCCACUUGAUAUACAUGUACAUGCUGAGGUCAAGUGUCGUAUUAGGUCUUGUUCACCUCAACAAGAUCACCGCUAGGAUAUCCAAUUUUUUACGAUGAGUGCAAAGUUCAUUGAUGAGCCAUUCCUGACCAAAACGAUGGAUAAAGCAGUCUUCCAGAAGCCGCCCCGCUGCGGGCUCGGCAAGUGUCACCCACCAUGUCUUCAGGUCUUCAAAAACAUCCAGAGUUUCACGUUCUUUCUGUGUAUCUUUGCCGUCAUGUCGGGAAUGUUUCCAAUGUAUCUCGUCUCCCAGAUCACCACAAUCGAGAAACACUUUGACAUGCCAAGUCAGCGCUCGGGCAUGAUCGUCAGCGCGGGAGAAAUCGGUUUUCUUAUAGCCGUUGUUUUCGUCGGUCAUUUCUUGAACACAUCACAUCGGCCGCGGGUAUUGGCUGGGUGUGCCUUUGCCAUCGGCGCCUCAUCCAUUCUAAUGACAUUACCGUUCUUCAUCUACGGGACCCCGCGCGAACACGAUAGCAGCCAAACGACUGAGGAAUUAAGCCGCAACAGCAGAAGCAGCAGCAGUCAACUUUGUCAGAGGAAUCAGUCCCAGCUCGACCUUUUCGCGAGAUGUGACAAUACGACCAGGACUGGAGUUGGCAAUGGGGAUGCGGCAUUUGGUAUAUUCCUGUCUGCUGCAGUCCUGGCCGGGUGUGGAGCUACUGGCCUGUGGUCUAUUGGUAUUGCAUUCUUAGACGAUAACGCCGGCAAAAAGGAGGCAGCUUUAUACAUCGGUUUCAUGUUUUGCCUUCGGUCAAUCGCCCCAGUAUUAGGUCUGAUGUUAGGUGCUGGGGUAUCGCACAUUGCAGUGGAUCUUCAAGACCACCAUCUGAGUCCGGAGCAUUCGUCUUGGAUCGGGGCAUGGUGGAUCGGAUUCCUGGCCAUCGGAGUCAUUACAAUCCUAGCGGGCCUCCCCCUACUCUUUUACCCAAGAGAACUACCUAUAAAGGAUAUGGACAGAAAUGCAUCGACAGCAGAGACUAAUCUUAUGAGAGAGCGGAGACGAAGUGUCGUGGAAAGAGCGGCGGAGAAGAGCAAGACUUUACUUAAAAGUUUCCCCGAAAGUGUAUGGAAGUUGUUAAGGAACAGAGUUUUCCUUGUCUUCAUAAUUGGGAGUAUGUUUGACGUGGGGGCUGGCGUAGGAUACAUGGCUUUUGGGCCCAAAUAUAUCGAGUCACAGUUCCAUGUGGACACUUUUACUGCAAACUCCAUCACAGCGGGAAUAGUCUUCUCCGGUGCCCUCGGAAUGGGUUUAAGCGGGCUGCUGACCUCACGAAUUAAGAUGAGCCUGAAUGACAUUUUCCUUCGAGCGGUCAUAGGUGUUGCAGUCUUCUAUACGUUGAUUCUGGGGUUGAUGUCGUUUGGGUGUCCAGAAGUUCACAUACCGGGAUAUACUGACCUGGAGGUUAAUUCGAGUGGUUCAGUCCUGACCAUCAACGAGACAUGCCAUCAAUGCUUUUGUCCCGAUGGGCAGUAUGAGCCAGUUUGUGGGUCGAAUGGCCUCACGUACUACUCACCGUGCCAGGCAGGCUGUGAUGCGGGAGGAAGUGACAUUGGUUAUUCUGGUUGUGACUGCGUCGGAGGUAAUUUAACGUCCACGUCGGGGGCCUGCCCGUCUGAGUGUGGUAUGCUCAUCCCUUACGCUGUGUGUUUGAUAGUCCUCAGCUUCUUCACCAACCUUACAGUCAUGCCGUUAGUGAUGGUAUCAAUAAGAUGCAUGGACGGAAAAGACAAAUCACUUGCACUGGCGUUAAUCAACAUAGCCAUCAGUAUCGGCAUCCUUCCCGUGCCAGUCCUCUACGGGUCGCUUUUGGACAGUCUCUGUCUGGUGACGGAAUCCCCCUCAAGCUGCAGCCAGGAUGAGUCUGGCUUAUGCCUCGUUUACGACAAUGACGCCAUCAGAUACAGCCUCCAUGGUCUGACUUUCGGAAUACGUUUUAUGUCUCCGCUUCUGUACAUGUUGUGUUGGUAUCUGUCUAGGAAUAUGGUGUUUGCUGGAGAUGAGACGGAUGAACAAAAGGAGCCAAUGCAAGAACUAAAAACACUCGUUAAAGAAAAAGAGAAGGGAGAAAUUAUUGAACCAGAAAAUUCAAAACCAGUCAUUGCCGUUUAAUCCUGUUUCGAAAUGUGGAAGGAGGUUCGAGCAACCAAUUUUUGAUGUGAAAAAGAACGUCCGUUCAUAACAUGUUCAGAACAGCUUGUGGCUGUGCAUGAAACGUCCGAGCGCAAAAUGCUUGACCCAGUUGUGGCUGUGAAAAGAGAUGUCCGAGCAAAAUGUUUUGAACCAGUUGUUGAUGAGAAAAGAACGUCUGAGCACAAAAUGUUUAGAACCAGUUGUAGAUCUACAAAGAGCGUGUGAGCUCAACGUGUUUAGAACCAGUUGUAGAUCUCAAAAGAGGGUGUGAGCUCAACAUGUUCAGAACCAUUUGUGCAUUUAGCUGAGAAAAAAGAAUGUUUGUGAGAACACCAAGUUUAGAACCAGAUGUAACUGCGGAAAGUACGUCUGAGCACAACAUACUUCGAUCCAGCUGUUGGCCUAGCUCUCGUUUUUUGAACCACUUGUUGCUGUGAAAAAUAACUUCCGAGCAAACCAUGAUUGAAAUUAGCUGUAGUAAUGGUAGUUUGGGACAUGAACGUCUGAAGACAAUAUGUUUCAAACCCACUGACAAUUCUAAAUAUGUUUGUGUUCAGAACUUUUUGUGCUCGGACGUUUCUUUCAUAGCCACAACGGGUUCUAACCAAACCGUUUUGUGCUCGCACAAUUCUUUCAUAGCCACAACUGGUUCCAAACAUGCUUGGACGUUAUUUCUGCAACCACAACUGGUUCCAGAUCACACUAUGAGGACAGCGAUCUAAACGUGCUGUAAUCCACCCAAGUCUUUGCUCGAGUACUAAAUUUUCGCCGAGGGCAGGGUAACAUCGUUUGAUUAAUCAUUUGCUGAUUCUAUCAAUUAUGUAUAUUUAUGAAAUAUAUGUUUGGCAUGCGGACAUGUAUAAAAUAAUCAAUAAAAUGUCAUUAUCA